GAUUCUGCGGGGUUCAUGGUGGAAUCCAUGAAGGACCUGGGUACACUGACUGCACAGAUAUCUUCCAUGUCGGUCUCAGCUCGCAGGGGACGCUGGCUACGCCAAUGGUCUGCAGACGCGGAAUCCAGGAGAAAUUUGGAGAACCUACCCUACACAGAUCAGGCUCUUUUACAGGAAGCGUUGGAUGCAUGGAUUUCCAUGGCAACCGCGGAGUAACUUGGGUGUCCGCUGAAGUUGGGAUACAGCAAUGGUAGAGCACAUCAUUGCCAGGGAUCCACUAGCAGCGGAUUUGAAAUGCAGCCUCUUCCUUUCUGCCUUAAAGAGUUACAAAAGAGACUCUGUAUUACGGCCUUUUCCUGCCUGCUAUGCCACUGAGCAGUAUAAAGAUUUUGAUGCCUUGAUUGCUGACACAAACACCUUGCCUGGUCUGCCGGAGAUCAUCCAGAACAAGCCACAAAUAGAUGAAAAAAGCCUUGAUCUGCUGCGAUGGGUUCUAUCAGAGAAACUAUUCACCAUCAGAUGCCUUAAGAAGGAGAUGUUUGAGGAAUUCCAAGCCUUGCUAGGCUCUCCCAGUCUUGCUUUGCCCACUCCUGACUUCCUGUUUGAAAUAGAAUACUGCGAGAAGCUGCGUACCAAGUUCCAAGAGAUGCGUGGGGAGAGGGAUGUGAUGUAUGCCCUACAUGGCAGCCGCCUGGAGAACUUCCACUCCAUACUGCACAAUGGCUUGCACUGCCACCUGAACAAGACUUCUUUAUUUGGAGAAGGAACGUACCUGACUAGUGACCUGAGCUUGGCACUUCUCUAUAGUCCCCAUGGGCAGGGGUGGUCCCAUAGUAUAUUGGGACCGGUGCUAAGCUGUGUUGCCAUGUGUGAGAUGAUCGAUCAUCCAGAUGUUAAGUGCCAGGCUAAGAAAAAAGAUUCAUUUGAAAUAGAUCGGAAACGAGCCAGAGCAAGGAAUAGUGAAGGUGGAGAAGUUCCACAGAAAUACUUUGUGGUGACCAAUAACCAGUUAUUACGGGUGAAAUAUCUCCUGGUGUAUUCUCAGGAGCAGCCUCAGAGACGAUCCAGAAAGCCAACCUGGUUCUCAAGCCACCGUUUUGCCAUCUUGAUGACUCUGUACCUGCUCGUACUAAUUCUCAUUGGUUUAAGCAACUCUAAGACUUUUACACAUCACUGGAACAGGCUACUGAGCUGGAGGCCUUGAUCUCUUCUCUUUUACAGACUGCACCAUAAGCCUUAACCAUGCACUUGUGCCACAGCUAUGCACCUUUUGCUGUUUGCCUUGUCAAGUGUACAGGGAUUGCAGCUGAGACUGUCACCAGUGAUCCUGCACAGGGCAAACACGAGCCGGUAUCUGACAGCUGUGCACUGUUCUUGUCUUCAUCACUAUUCCUGCAGAAAAAAAACAGAGCAUUCUAAUAUAAUGGAUGUAUGUAUGCAAAAAGGAUUCAGUACCGUCUCGCCCGCUUACUCAAGAAGAUUCUUAAUCUCAAUAUUUUGAGAUUUGCUCCCGUACAAGACAUGGAGGAGAAAAGGACUCUCUAAAAGUACUAAACACUUUUGUACAAUAUAUAAAUAACAAUGUUCUGUAAGUUACCAGUAUAAAGCGGUGGUAAGGGACCUACGCCAUUCUGGGUGCUACCAAUAGCUGCGAGUAGUUACUAAGCGCUGUCUUUCAUCAUUGGCUAAGUGACUUUCAUUUUCUCAUUCCCCAGUGUAGACAUUAGAACAUUAACAUUAAUAGGCUUCAUUUAUAACUUGUAUAAUCCAGAACCAUCUCAGAUUGAGGAGAGACAGGACUGAUAAUGGGUUUAUGGACUCAGGGCUUCCCCCGUCUCAUGGUAGCAGUUACAGAGCAUUUCUGUUCCCUACGGAAUGAAAAGGGUUCAUACAUCUCCUUGAAUACCGGUCCACAUUCCAGCUCUCGGAUCCUUAACACCGUACCCAUGUUGUUUGUCCUCUGCACACAUCAGACAAAAUAAAGUCCAAGCCAAUGUCAAUUUUCACGCUUAUACGUUGUUUGCAUUCAUCGUGUCUGGCUCCUCAAUACGUCCGGCCCUGCUAGACACCAACAUGGAAAAUCAAUGAAAACUGAAGUUACCCACACGUUAAUAUUUGACUGGGAAGAUCUAGAAAUUAGUUUAAUUUUUUUUAAUACAAAUAUUUAUAUUCUGAAAUAUAUCCUGUUAAUAUUUAAUAGUAAUUUUGAAUCCACAAUUUUAUGAUUGUUCAAUAAAACCUAUGGACUUAAGCAACAA